AGAGAAGAGGAACCUUUCCCUGGGGGGCCAUGUGGGCUUCGACAGUCUCCCCGAUCAGCUGGUCAGCAAGUCGGUCACACAAGGCUUCAGCUUCAACAUCCUCUGUGUGGGUGAGACCGGCAUUGGGAAAUCCACGCUGAUGAACACCCUCUUCAACACCACGUUUGAGACGGAGGAAGCCAGUCACUACGAGAGCGCAGUUCGCCUGCGGCCACGGACCUACGACCUGCAGGAGAGCAACGUCCACCUGAAGCUAACGAUCGUGGAUGCGGUUGGAUUUGGGGAUCAGAUAAACAAGGAUGAAAGGCCGAUCGUUGAGUACAUUGAUACGCAGUUUGAAAACUAUUUGCAAGAAGAGCUGAAGAUCCGCCGAUCUCUCUUCAACUACCAUGACACGAGGAUCCACGUCUGCCUGUACUUCAUCACCCCAACCGGACACUCGCUCAAAUCCUUGGACCUGGUGACGAUGAAGAAGCUGGAUAGCAAGGUGAACAUCAUCCCGAUCAUCGCCAAAGCGGACACCAUCUCCAAGAGCGAGCUGCACAAGUUCAAGAUAAAGAUAAUGAGCGAGCUGGUCAGCAACGGGGUGCAGAUCUACCAGUUCCCCACCGACGACGAAGCAGUCGCCGAGAUCAACUCUGUGAUGAACGCUCAUCUGCCCUUCGCUGUGGUGGGCAGCACGGAGGAGGUGAAGGUUGGGAACAAGCUGGUGAGAGCUCGGCAGUACCCGUGGGGAGUGGUGCAAGUUGAGAACGAGAGUCACUGUGACUUUGUGAAACUGCGGGAGAUGCUGAUCCGAGUCAACAUGGAGGAUCUUCGGGAGCAGACUCACACUCGCCACUAUGAGCUGUACAGGAGGUGCAAACUGGAGGAGAUGGGCUUCAAGGACACGGAUCCAGAUAGCCAGCCCUUCAGCCUCCAAGAAACAUAUGAGACCAAAAGGAAAGAGUUCUUGGGUGAGCUCCAGAAGAAAGAGGAAGAAAUGAGACAGAUGUUUGUUAACAAAGUCAAGGAGACGGAGGCAGAGCUGAAGGAGAAGGAGAGAGAGCUGCAUGAGAAAUUCGAGCACUUGAAAAGGAUACACCAGGAGGAGAAGAGGAAGGUGGAGGAGAAGCGGAGGGAGCUGGAGGAAGAGAUGAACGCCUUCAACAGGCGGAAAGUAGCGGUGGAGACCUUGCAGUCCCAAUCCUUGCAGGCUACCUCACAGCAGCCCCUGAAGAAGGACAAGGACAAGAAAAA